AUGGUUUUCUUGGUCUACUGGCUGGUCAGUUCGCCUCUGACAGCUUCCAUCGUGGAGGACAUACCUGUAGAGUUGGAAGACUACUCUCGUCUCCAGAAGAACCGGAAAGUCUCCUUUCUGAGCAUUCCAAGUGACCCGAAAAAGAAAAAGAAGUGGAUUACAGCCAUACGCAGGGACGAGGGCAAGGAUUUCGUGAUAAAGAAGCAUACAAAGGUGUGCUCCUUGCAUUUUGUUGAGAACGACUUUUUUGCCAACUAUGCCUCCGGAACAAGACGUCUGAAAGAAGAUGCUGUGCCAAGUGUAUUUAGUUUUCUACAGAAGCCUGCGAAAAGUAAAAGAAAGCCGCCUAAAGAACGUGCAGUCGCACAUAGCCCUGUAACACACACCACGGAAACUGCAAGUCCAGAAAGAUGCCAUGAUUUAGAAGACAUUAUGGUGGACAUGCCCACAUCCGAAUCUGGGGACACACUUAGUGCUCCCGGAACUGAUAGCACUUUGGAGCAACAGUCAACCAUUUGUAGCAUAGACUGCCCAGGGCAGAAAGAAGCCACAGCUCACAAAAACACAAUAGAAGAACUGAAGCAGUUGCUGACAGUUAUGGACCAAGAGUUGAAAGCGACCAAAGCAAAUCUAGCACAUGUCAAAAUGCAACUUCAGGAAGCCAAAGAACAUGCAGCAGAACUGAAGAUUGUCAAACAAACACUCUUUAGCGUCAGCAGAGAGCUCAAACUAGAGAAGGCGAUAUCGAAGAAGCUAGAGCAGAAAGUAGGGAAACAGUUUUCCGUAGAGCGCUUCAAGCACAGCAAUGAAGACAUGCAGUUUUACACUGGCCUGCCAUCGUACGCAGUGUUUGAGAGCAUUUUGAAAUUUCUCAAUCCUGGAGAGCAAGGAGAGAAUGUGAAGGCCUGGUCCUCUGGACGUGCAACGUCAUCCAAGAUGGGUAGACCAAGAAGCCUAACAGUUCAAAAUGAAUUUUUCCUGUUCCUUGUGAGAUCUCGUCUUGGACUUUUUGAGAAAGACCUUGCAGAUCGGUUUUGCGUCUCACUUGCUACAGUUUCAAGGAUAUGCAUUACUUGGACAAGCUAUAGUUUCCUUCAUUUGUCCCAACUACCAUUGUGGAUGUCAAAAGAGAAAGUGCAAGAGGAGAUGCCACCUGCAUUCAGAGAAAAGUAUUCAUCUACACGUGUAAUUCUGGAUGCAACAGAGAUCAAGUGCCAGACAGCAAGUUCACUGGCACUGCAAUCUGCCAGAUUUUCAAACUACAAGUCAACUAACACCUUCAAGGGACUGAUCGGCAUGUCGCCCGACGGCACUGUCACCUUUGUGUCAAACCUUUUUCCAGGCUCUAUUUCCGACAAGGAGUGUGUAAGACAGAGUGGUUUUCUGUCGCUUCCUUUUAACGAAGGGGACAUUGUUAUGGCGGACAAAGGUUUCAAAAUACAAGAGAUGCUGGAUGAUAUUAAGGUUCUGUUGAAUACUCCGCCUUUCCUUACAAGGGGUCAGUUCAGUGAGGCAGAAGUUCAAGAAACACAGGAAAUCGCUUCGCUACGUAUUCAUGUGGAGCGACGCAUACAGCGGGUGAAGAACUUUCACAUCUUUGACAGGCCAAUCCCACUUUCUUUAGGCCCCGUCAUCAAUGAAAUGUGGGUUGUGUGUGUGAUAUUGACUAAUUUUCAGUCUCCACUUAUCCGUAUUCCCGAGGAUCAGGAGGAUGAAGUAUCAUGA